AUGUGGUUUGUGCUGGUGGAGUUUCCGCAUAGGUGUUUCUCAGUGAAUGGAUGUAGCUGAACACUCAGCUAUCCAAAGUUGAUCACGUUUUGUCUUUCAACACUUACAUGAAGUUUAUUUUUUAAACCUUCAACAGCUAACGAGUAGUUGAUGGAGAUAUUUGUGUUGGUUAGUCUAUGUCCCACGAGCGUUUUUGGACUACUAGAAAGCUAGCAGUAAACAUAACCAACCCUACUUGUCACCGGUUGGAUUUAUCUUUGCUAGCUAUAGGAUCCGUUAUUGCACAUAUUGAUCAUAUUCACCACAGGUGUCUUCGUGGUAUGGAGAAUGGAUUUUUGUCUAUGUGAAAUCAUCCAAGGCCUGGUGUCGUUAGCAGCAUUUGCCCUCAUUGUGGUAAUAAUCGUUGCCCAUGUCACUGCUAGUGGAAUGGUGAAUUUAGGCCGUGAUGACAAAGAGAAGUCUUUCCUUACUGCCAAGGGGGAAAAGGAUGUCUUCCCUAGCCUGUUUGACCCCCAUACCGUGGAGCUCUCCGUGGUAGUACCAUCUUACAAUGAGGAGGAGAGGUUGCCUGUAAUGAUGGAAGAAACUAUGGAGUACUUGGAAAAGCGACAGAAGCAGAACCCUUCGUUUUCUUAUGAAGUCAUCGUGGUUGAUGAUGGCAGCAAAGACAAGACCUCUGAGGUUGCCAUGAGUUACACAGAGAAGUAUGGUGACGAUAAAGUGAGAGUCCUAACUUUGGUCAAAAAUCGUGGAAAGGGUGGAGCAGUCAGAAUGGGCACUCUAAGCUCACGCGGCAGGCUCAUCCUUAUGGCUGACGCUGACGGAGCCACCAAGUUCGAGGACCUUGAGAAAGUGGAGACAGCCUUAAAGGACAUUAGUCCAAAGCCUGAUAAUAUGGCCAUAGCUGUUGGGUCUAGAGCCCACUUAGAGGAGGAGUCAGUAGCUCAGAGGUCCAUGUUCCGCACUUUCCUGAUGUAUGGGUUCCACUUCCUGGUGUGGUUCUUCUGUGUACGGGGGAUCAGAGACACCCAGUGUGGCUUCAAGCUCUUCACCAGGGAGGCGGCCUUGAAAACUUUCUGCAGUUUACACGUGGAGCGCUGGGCAUUUGAUGUUGAACUGCUGUACAUUGCCCAAUGCUUCAAAAUACCAAUUGCCGAGGUAGCUGUGAAAUGGACUGAGAUUGAAGGAUCCAAGUUGGUGCCCUUCUGGAGUUGGUUGCAGAUGGGCAGAGACCUUGUCUUCAUCCGCCUCCGCUACAUCACUGGUGCCUGGAGGCUGGAGUCUCCCAGGAAGACCCAGUAGAUUAGAAGAAACCCUGCUCUUAACUCUUUAAGCCCCAUUUCACCAUUUCCCGGAAAAGAUGCUAAUUCCCCACCUCUUCCAGAGAUAAAUAAUUGGGCUUUACCUUUCUCCUGUUAUUCCAGUUGUUCUCUGAGGACUUGAGAUGCAGCUUGUAACUCCAAGCUAGCAGGUAUAAUUAAACCAAACUAGGACCGGACUGAGGCAACGGCUGGAAGACCAGGAGAAAGCUAAAAGUUCACUGAUUUAACUCAACAGAAGGUGGGGAAUGGGUGUAUUAACAGAAAUGGUUAAAUGCCGCUUGAACUUGUGCCCUUUUACAACCGGACCCGUUUGUGAGGGGCUGACAUCGCAUCAUGCUCAAUGGCAACGCCACAAUUUACAUGCACUGUAUUUUCACUUGGUAAACAGUUACUUUUUAUGUGUCAAAAUAUGUUGGCACAAGUGCUUAUGAGGAAAUCAUCAUUUUUUUGUACAUGUUUUUUUUUUCUUUUUUGAGUUUCUUGAAAACCUUAAUAUGUAGAAUGUUUUUUGAUUAAGGAAAGACUGAAUGCAAUCAGCCAAAAACAUAAUUAUGCUGUAAUAAAAAAAAGUUCAAAUGACGAAAAAAUU